AUAAUACAAUGGUUGAUAAUGAACGUUUUGGUCUUAAUCUUAAUUUAACAGGUAAUUCUGAUAUGGCUAUUAUUGUACAAGCUAUGGCUGAACCUGUUUCAGGUUUAGAUAUACGUGAUAGAAUAUUACCAAAAUCAUUUCCUGGUUCAGACUUGGUUAAUUGUUUAUUUGAAAAUGUCGAUGGUUUUGUUGGUCGAGAUGAUGCAAGAGCCUUUGCCGCAAGGAUGCUUAAAAUGGGUUAUAUUAGACAUCCGUUUCAUAAAUCAUCUUUUCAUGAAAAGAGUUAUUAUUUGUUUCGUAAUAUUUAUCCACAAAAUAUUUCUCGAUUAAAACGUCAUGAAAAAUCUAAGGAUUAUGAAUCUAUUUCUGAUCGAUCAAGUAUUAUUGAUGGUGAUAGUGGUAAUUCAUUAUUAACAACACAACAUAGUGUUACAACAUCUGCUGUUAUCGAUAAAAAUAAUGCUCCACUUGAAUCACCAUCACAAUCUUCAUCAAGUGGUUCACAACAAUUACUUCAGAAAAUAUAUUUACCAAUUGAGACAGGUAUUAGUGCUGGAGAAUGUGCAAAUCAUUUAGUUGAUAUGGAUUUAAGUCCUGAACAAAAAAAAAAAUUAUGUCAAUCUAUUGCUCAUUUUUGUGGUCAACAACGAUCAUAUGAACGUUUUUUUCUUUUACUCGGUCAAAAACUUUGUGAAUCAGAAAACGAAUAUACACAAUAUUUUGAAGAAGUGUUUCAUGAUCAAUAUGAUAUUGUACACAGUCUUGAAAAUGCUCAAUUACAAAAUCGUGCAAAAUUUUUUGCACAUUUACUUUUUCAUAAUUGUAUUUCAUGGGGCGUAUCAUUGAUUUUAUAUUUUCUUCUAUCAAUUUCACUAUCACAAUAUGAUAUAUUUCAAUGUUGUGGACAUUUACUUAAUGCUUUAAUUAUAACAAUUAAUCUUAAACUUCAAACAAAUACAAAUUAUAUAUCCAUAUUAUGUUCAUCAUGUUUAACAACUAGUAAUCUUUUACAAAUACAUAUUGAACCAAUUGUUCAAGCUGAAGUUAUACAAGUUUUACAACAAUUACAUUUAUUUGAUACAUGUCAUGUUAAUUUAUCAACAUUAGUAUCAAAAUUAAUAAAAACAUUAAAAAGUCAAGAUUUAUCAUUAAGACGUGCAUAUGUUUCAUGUUUAAGACAAUUAUCACAACGAAAAACGAAAGAAAUUAAAUUACUUUUUCCUAUGCUUAAUACAGAAACAGAUGAGAAAUUAUGUUCACAUAUACAAGAUACACUUGUUUAUAUGCUACAAGUAUUAGGAACUAGUAAUUUAACACAUUGGUUACAAUUAUGUAAAGAUGUUCUUAUUGCUACAAUAGGACCAUCUUCUGAAACCGAUCAACAACAAACUUCUACAAUGGCAACUACUACAAUAUUAUUAUCAUCAUCUUUAUCAUCAUCAUCAUCAUCUUAUUUUAAACUAUGUUCACGUCCUACAGGCGAUGAUGAUAAAGAUAGUUUUGAUCUUCAUGAUGAUGAUGAUGUUGAUUAUACUGAUAGAGGUGGUGAUGAACAAUUACAGACAUCGACUAAUCAAAAUUCAAUUCAUCGUUCAACAUCAUCAGCUAAAUGGUCAACACUAGUAUUUGCUGCUGAUUGCGUAAAAAAAUUAAUAAAUUUUUUUGAACAAACACUAUCAUCAAAUCUUCAUUUUGAUUAUAUAGCUGCUAAAGAACGUCUUCGAACAUAUCCAAAUGAAGAUUAUCUUGUUAUACAUUUAAAUACUUUAAUUACAUUUUCAUUCAAGUCAUGUACAUCAACAAAUAAUCAAUUACAUUUAUUUGAAGAUAUUGAUUUAUCAGAUCAUGUUAUCUAUGAACAAUAUCAAGCACAAGUUGGUGUGACAUUACGACUAGCUUUUUCACAAGAUACAUUAUCAUAUACAUUUUUAAUUUUACCAAAUGAAUUUGGUAGUAGUGAUGGAACAGAUGAAAAUUCUCAUGGUAGAAAUUUUUAUUCAAGAGAAUUAAAUCUUGAUUUAACACGAACAAUUUAUAAAGCAAAUUGGUCAUCAAUUAUACAAGCAACAACACAAUGA